CAGUAAGCGUUACACCAGUGGGGAGACUCAGUUCAGACAGAAGGCUAGUGUGGGACCAGUGAGCUGUUGGUGGAUGUGAUCAUGGACGAUGUUGUUGAUCCACGCACGGACCGUCUGCCCAGAAAUCUGAUUACCUAAACCACACCUUGUGUUCGGGAGGAUGGACGGCCAACCAAUUUGGUCCUGGGUGACCGGAUUUCUGUUUGUUUUGACCCCGUUCUUCCUGAGACAGGUCAGCGCUGAGAUGGACAGUCGAGACAUGGACGAGAAGCGCCUGAACCACGACUUGUUCAAGAAGAACAGCUACAACCAUCUGAUCCGUCCUGUGAUCAACACCAGCGACAGUCUACAGAUCAACUUCAGUCUGGCUCUCAGUGCCAUCAUCAACGUGGACGAGAAGAACCAGGUCAUCAUAACCAACGUUUGGCUACAGAUGUAUUGGCACGACUACCAACUAGUCUGGGAGCCACAAGACUACGGCAACAUCACACAGAUCAAGAUCGACAACAAACACAUCUGGGUACCUGACGUCGUCUUGUUCAACAAUGCGGAUGGGAAAUUUGAGCCCUCGUAUAAUCCCAACUGUGUUCUGGACUCAACCGGGAACGUCAAGUUUAUCCCCCCUGCUAUCUACACAAGUUCGUGUUCCAUUGAUGUGGAGUAUUUUCCCUUUGAUCAACAGGAGUGUGACAUGAAAUUUGGGUCAUGGACGUUUGAAGGCAAGACACUGGUCUACCAGUUUCAGGGCAGCAAUAUGCUGGAUCUGACGGACUACAUGAAAAAUGGGGCGUGGGAUAUCAUCGAUUGCCCUGGUCACAUCUCGCACACUCGAGACUCCAUCACUGGCCAGGAAAAGGAGAUCAUAGUCUUUAAACUUGUGAUACGCCGUAAAACCCUGUUCUACACGGUCAAUCUCAUCAUACCCUGCUUUCUACACGCUCUCGUCUGUCUGUGUGUCUUUGUGCUUCCGGCAGACGGAUCAGAGAAGAUAACUCUUGUUAUUUCAGUACUUGUGUCGUUGGUUGUGUUUCUGCUCUUGUUACAAAAAAUAUUGCCACCAUCAAUGACAAUUCCAUUGAUAGCCAAAUAUUUUAUUUUUACAUUUAUGAUGAAUGUUCUGGAAAUAUUGGUGACUGUUCUAAUUAUUUUUGCUAAUCAUAAGACACCUCGCACUGCUGUUAUGCCUAAAUGGGUCUGUUGGCUAUUUUUGUACAAACUACCAAAGUACCUGCUAAUGGAGCGUCCAGACCAUGACAACAGGUGGCAAGAGAAGAGCUGUGCCCCUCCCCCUUCCUACCCUAAUACUCCGCAAAUUCCAAGAGCCAAUGUUUUUUUCACCCCACCUGUCAUUGAAAACAAGCAUAAAAGACAGAAGCAAGCAUUUCUUCCAUCUACUAGUGCUGAUUCCAGGGAGCAUGAAAGAGUUUUAGCCUGGAGGCAAAAGUUUAGCAAAAGUCAUUCUCCUGGUUUUAGUGGUAUGACUUUAUCUUCUUCAGCCUCGGGGAGUCACAUGUCUUCAGAAGAGAGUCCAACUCUAGAAAUGCGAGACCUGGUUGCGUCCAACUUCCCCUCCACCAGCCACAGGUGCAUGCUCAGGGACUCAGGUACCAGCCAGUCUGAGGAAAGUCUGACAGAGAGAAAAAGUCUGGAGUUGGCUAAACUACAUGCUGCCCAGCGAUUAAGUCCCUUGGUGCUAACAAAAGAAAUUUACAGUGCCAGCAAUGCCAUUAAAUUUAUAUGUAGGCAGAUGCAAAAUAAGGAGGACUAUAACACAGUUCUGGAUGACUGGAAGUACGUGGCGGCCGUCCUUGACCGACUGCUCAUGAUCAUAUUUGUCUUGGUCUCCCUAGGGGGAACGCUGGGUGUUCUCAUAAAUGCUCCUCACAUUCUGGAGACUGUGGAUCAGGAUAAAAUACUUGCUAGGAUAACUGCUGGGGUUUAGCGUGUUUUAUCUGAGAGUUCAUGUUCUUUGCCUAAUGUGGGGAGAAAAAAAAAUAUGUUACUUGACCUUAAUGAAUUAGUAUAUAUUUAUGUUUAAAAAAUAUACUUUAUAAUUAACUCUACACCUAAUGAAAAAUGAGAACAUUUUUUAAAGUGAAAUGUAAAUCAAAUCAUUGUGAUAGACUAUUUGGACAUUAAAUAAAUUAUUCUGAUAUUGUUUACAAAGAUGAGGGUGGAUUGUGUCCCUUGAACUUUAACCUAGUUGUAGAAAAAUAUGGUUAUACAUGGGGAAUAUGUAAUUUGUGCAAGUUUGUGGUAGAGUUGUGUGUACAUAGUAUGUAAAUAAUAAAAAAAGUGUGUACAUAGUCAAUGUGCCAAGUUUAAUGUGAGAAAUAAAUCUU